AUGCUUUUCCGUCCCGCGUUUAAUUAUCAUAGUGUCUGCAGUACGGGAGAUCUUGAUAGAUGGGAAGAUGAUAAGCGGCAGAAACUCUUGUUCGCUGCUACGAAAAGAUUCAUGGGAUUGCGCUUGGAUGAUGAAACAGAAGAGCAACCCGAAGUCGACAGGAACAAGUUCGCUUCCGAAGCUAAGCGACUACUAGAGGGUCUGGAAUCAUUCUGUUACGAAGUUGAGGGAUCCUUAGCCUUCGGUAUCGUCUACACACAAGUGAAGCCUGGCGAUUUCGUGUUCCGCACGCCGAAGGCAGCCAGUGGAGUAGCCUAUCAUACCGACGAACUUUCACCUUCGACUUGUGGGCUAAUCAUACGGCCAUAUCACCCCGGGAGUGAUGCAGGUCCUGCUGCCUUCCGUCUUGUGGGCAUGUGUGUUGACUGGUACCCCGAUGUGAAGGAUCCGGAGUUUGUCGAAGUUGUUUUGGUGUAG